AGCUCGCGGCGCAACGGAACAAAUAGCAGCACAAUAAAAUCAUAAAUUUUUCUUGCUUCUAUUGAGCGGUAGCUCAAGUGGAGUCGAUUCCACUUGUCUCUCACGUCAGUUUGACACACACUCUCACACAGAGACACGAUCGUUACAGGGCUUUUUCUUGUCGCGAAGUAUUCACUUUACGGGCUUCGCAGUUGCCAAGACACAAUCCGUGAGAGGACUUCUCGGUUUCUAGACCCCCUGCGAGCUUGGCGUAGUGCUCCGUCUUUCCGUUGCUUUCUCUUUUUUCUUUUCUGGCCUAACGGAAUUCACGCAGCGAUGAGCAGCUACGGCAACACGGGCGAGUUGCUGUUCGGGCAGCCGAGCAACAACGAGAACGGCGGCAGCAACAACGUCUGCCCGUCUGGCCAAGUUCCUUCCUCCUUUGGCUGCAUCCCGCUCUCCGAGGAGGGCACCGUUUUUAUCAACACGAACAAGCUGCUCUGGGUGAACUCCGGCGCUCAGCUGAUCAUCGUCUUCGUGGGUGUAAUGGACUUUUUGUUAGGAACGCUCUACUUUUAUGUUCGCCGCCGCCGCAACGAGGAGCGGCUGGAGCGCUCCCGCGCUGCACGGCAGUCUGUACGUGUCAACGAGGAUGGUCAGGUAGUGGAGCCGCCUCGGAAGCGGCUCUUCUCGCGCAGCCCCGUCUCUCACCGCCCGCUGAAGCCCGUCUCGGAGCUGAACGGGCGAUGUUGUGGCUGCGGCAGCACGGCUGACACAGUCUUGCUUCCAUGCAAGCACGCCGUAUGUUGCUUCGCGUGUUCAGAUCGAGCCACGUACUGCCCUUUCUGCAAAGAGCCCUGUUCCGAUCGCCAAAGGCUUUUCGUAGUGUAA